CCUCUUCGUCCGUUACAACACCAAAUAUGGCCGCUCGCAGUGAACACUCACAGAACACAUUGUUUGUGAGAAAUUUACCAUUCUUUACUACUGACGAUAAGUUUGAAGGAUUAUUUGGUGAUAUUGGGCCACUAAAACGAUGUUUUCUUGUUAGAGAUAGAGGUGUAAAGGACAAAUGCAGAGGGUUUGGAUAUGUCACAUUUGCGUCAAGGGAAGACGCUGUGAAGGCUAUCCAUGCAAACAAGUCCCUCAAUGGGAGAAAGUUGGUGGUUAAAUUUGCUGACAGAAAAAGUGUGAAAAAAGUAAAUGAACUAAAGAAAGGCAAGAAGGUAACAGAAGAAGGAGAAAGUGAAGAUGAAGAAGAGAAUGAAAAUAUACAUAAAGAUAUAAAAGAAAGAGAGCCGAAGGAUAUUACUUCCAUUACAACUCGACGGACAUUAGUCAUAAAAAAUCUUCCGAAAAAAGCCACAAAAGAAGAUGUUGUAGAGAUAGCAAGUCAGACUGCAAAUGUAGAGGAAGUUAAAUUCCCAGUGACUGAGGAAGAAGAAAACUUAGCAUACAUUCGUUAUCAAUCGCCAUCCGAUGCCAAAACAGCUCAACCUUUGUUGAAAAAAGUUAAAUCCAAUGGUGGCAAUUUGGUUGUUAUUCUGCUAGCUUUCUACAAACCAACAGUCUCGCAAACCUCGCUAAAAAAAGGCCGUCUGAUCAUCCGUAAUCUAGCAUUUAAGAAGAAUCUGAUGAAGAAGACAAUGAAGGAACAGACUCAGGAGGAAGCAACCAAGAUGUGGAGGAGUCAGAAGAAGAUGAAGAGGAAGAAGAUAAUGAAGUAGAUACUGAUGAUGAUGAAGUAGAUAUGGAUGAAGAAGAAGAGGAAGGAAGUGAUGAUAAUGAUGAAGCAAGUGAUGAAGAAAUUAAUAGUAGUAACAAACAAAAGUUUUCAAAGUCUGGAAAUAAGUCAACUUUCCAAAGGAAAAGUGAUGUCUCAGCGGGCAAAACAGUAUUUGUCAGGAAUAUUCCAUUUGACAUCAACUCAGAAGACCUUCAAGAAUUCUUUGAAGACUAUGGAGAAGUAAAUUACUGCAGACUUGUUGUAGAUCCAAACACAGAACGUCUUCGAGGAUCUGCUUUUGUUCAGUUUACUUCACAAGAUUAUGCUGAGGAAUGUAUUGCUACAUCAGAAACAGAAAGUGGAAUUGUUUUCAAGAAUCGAAGACUGCAACUAAAUCUAGCGCUUAGUCGAGAAGAGGCAACUAAACUGAGGACUCAAGAGAAAGAUAAAGAAAAGGUUAAAAAUAAAGACAAACGUAAUCUCUAUCUUCUUCGUGAAGGAAUGAUUCGUCCGGGAACACAAGCAGCCGAAGGAUUAUCUGAAGCGGAAAUCAGGAAAAGAACAAAUCUAGAAAAAAUUAAACGCAUCAAAUUAAAGAAUCUGAAUGUGUUUGUAUCGCCAAUGAGGUUGGCAGUGCACAAUUUACCGGUGUCGGUGGAUAAUGCAAAGUUAAGGAACAUCUGUGUCAAAGCAAUUGGACAGCAGAAAAACACUAUUACAGAAGCCAGAAUCAUGCGAGAUUUAAGUCGUAAGAAUUCAUCUGGUGUUUGCAAAUCUUUGGGUUACGGAUUUGUUAGCGCAAACAAUCAUGAAAAUGCCCUCAAACUCUUAAAUUAUUUGAAUAAUAACAGUGAAAUCUUUGGACCCAAAAAACGUCCAAUUGUUGGAUUUUCUUUAGAAAACCGAAGCGCCCUUGAACUGAAAGAGAAAAGGAGGCAGAAAUCAAAGAGUAUAUCCAUGGAGAAAAUAAAGAAGAACGUAGAUGAUGUUAAACAUAACCCCUCGAGUGCUAAAAAACAAAAAGCUAACACGGCAGUUACUAGGAAUUUAGAAGACUCAACAUUUGUUGAAAGAAAACUGCAGGCUAAGAAGCAGGGACUUCCAAAACACUUUGGACCAAAAGAACGAUGGAGGGAUAGGGGGAAGCAAGUAAACAAAAAGAAAAUAAAACAACUUUCUGGUUCAAAGUUAGAAAAACCAACAAAUCUAGAAGAGAAGCAGAACAAGAAGAAAAAAGUAAAGAAGCCUUCAAGCUCAAGACGUAACAAAGGCAAAGAUGAGGACAAAAAUUUCAACAAACUUGUAGAAAGCUACAAAAAGAAGAUAUCUGAUGUAACAAGAGAGAGAAAAGUUACAAGCAAAUGGUUUGAAUGAAGUACAGUACAACAAAAUACAAUUGAACAUUUAAACACUUGUUUAAUGUGGGUUACUACCAUGGAAAUUACUUGUUCCAGGUUGGUCACCAUGUUGGUAGCUCAUGCGUUUCAUGGUCAUCACCAUGGUGAUGGCUAAUAUCUUUGUUUCAUCACCAUGGUGAUGGCAUACCAUUUCAGAUCAUCACCAUGGUGAUGCCUUAUUUCAGGUUCAUCACCAUGGUGAUGACUUGUUUCAGGUGAGCUCUUGGGAACUUAACAUAUGACUGUUAUCUGACAGAGAAAUCAUAUUAAGACAGGAAGUAUCAUUUAGGAUUCUCUGAAAAUAUUAUAGUUAACCAUGUUUAUCAACUAAUUACACAUCAAUGGUACAGUAUGCUGGGAAUCACUACCAAUGUUUAUACUUCGGAUCACACACCAGCCGGUGUUUAUACUAGUAAUUAAUUGUUUGAGCAACAAGAUAAUGUUCAUAAUUGCCACCAUCAACUAUAACAUUUUUGUUCCUCUCUGCAUUACUUCCAUUAACCUAUGUGAAGUAUGAAAUGGAAGCCAAUGGCUGAAUUUGCAUCAUAAUAAAGUAACAGACAGCUCCAAGUAAAAGCAAACAAAUAUCAUGGCUUGAAAGCAGACAGAUUGAAGGUUAUUUGCCAAGUGCAAUAUUCGUCGCAUACAUAGUGGCAUUUGUCACUUGCAUUAAUACUAUUUCAAACAACAUUGUCUGAAUGAGAAAACACACAGGGAGAACAAAGGUUAGCAGUUGUAUGAUGAUCACAAACCUAGCCAUUGCUAUCAUAAUCAUCAUCAUCAUUGUCCUCUUCAUCAUUAUCACCAUUAUCAUUAAUAUUAAUAAACCACACCAUUAUCAUCACCACCACCACCUCUAUGGUUAUUAUCAUUACCACAAUCAUGAUUACCAUAAAUAUCAUCAUGAUUUUUAUGAUUGUCAUAAUCAAUAUCCUCAGCAUCAUCGUCAUUAUAAUUAUCAGGAUCUUCAUCAUUAUCAUCAUUUCAAAUUACAUACAAAAAAACACUUUCACAGAAUAUUUAAAAAAAAACCCAACAAAUUUACGUUUAUAUUAUUAUUUAUUUAUAUAGGUGAUGAUGAUGAUGAUAAUAAUAAAUAAUGAUAUAUUAUACUUAUAGAAGUGCAACAUGCUGUUGCUGUGGGCAAUUUAAUUCGCUAUUUCAUCGUCACUUUAGCAUCCAUUCAUCACAAUCCACUCAGGGAGGUGUAUCCACUCAACAUCACCACUUCAUUAUGUACUAAAGUGACGUCACAGCUAUUUCCGACAAGAACAGUUCCACCAUUCUAUUCAAUUCAUAAAAAUUGAUAUCGCCAUACACAACCAGUAGCAACUCAAUGAAAUUAUCACAGGCAAUUACUACUAGUAUAACAUCAUUAAAAACAUAAUUUUACAGAUAUUUUUAAAUGCUUGUUUAUUAAAAUACAGUAUAGUGAAACCUUAAUAUUGAUAUGAGUUUAAGGAAAAAUUACAGACAAUAAAAGGUUAACUGAAAACGG